UCAAACAUGUUCCGUGUGCUUUUCCUCACAUUUCUUCCCAUCAUCAUCAAAUGCGCUCCUACAAAAUUUUCCGAUUUGCACAACAUCAACAUCUUCAAAAUCGAUGACAUAAUUCACUGCGAUGAAUUGCAAUGCGAUAUUUCCUCGUCCAAAUGUUCCGUCACAUUAACCACUGACGCCCUAAGCAGAGCAAGAAGUUACGAGGCAACGUGCUGGAUCGACGAUAAUCUAAUUGGAAAUACAAAAAUUCGGCACGAAAGACUUCCCGAAGAUGUCACACCGAAAAACGAGUCAAUUGUCAUGGAAUUGUGUCGAUAUGGACCUCUAAAUGUCUAUGGAUCGAUUGAUGGCAAAAACAUCAAUUACCAAUUAGGCGAAGGACGGUUGCGCGGAAAUGGAUGGAAAAAUUGUCCCAUAAAGCCGUUGCUGAUGCUGAUGAUGAUGAUGUCGACGAUUGUGGCGAUGUUUUAAUAGGAUAAGCAGGUGUGAAAGUGAUAAAAAUGUACCUUUCUUUCAUGUGGACCUUUUUUCAACGUUAUCUUUAUUUUUACAGUAAAGAAUUUUAGGAAAAAAAAUGAAGUCUGUCUGGAAGGAAGUGCUUUUUCAAAAAAUCAUUAAAAUUUGGAAUAUUUGCUUAAUUGUAAUUUUAAAAAUUAAUUUAAUUUUAAAUUAAAAUUUAAAAAUUU